AUGUUCGCCGCUACUCUCGCUACCGUCCUUCUGCCCCUCACCAUGCUCACCGGAGCUGUUGCCCAGGGCUUCAACUGCAAGGCCGAAGGCUUCUGCACUACCAGUGACCCUAACUGCAACUUCUGCCUGAAUAUCGAGCCCGCGGCCAAGAUCAAGGUCUGCCAGGCUAUUGACCCUACCUACAAGACUGCCCCUGGCGAUAUCUCUCGUGGCCCCCCCGGAGCCGACUUCCAGUGCAUUGUUACUUGCUGCCACUAA